CGAGGCUUUAGUGCGAUUUGGAUCCUCGAAGGAAGUGGAUGCUUCUAAAUUUUAGAGGAAUAUUACGUGCAUUAAUUAUUAUUAUAAUAAAUUAAUAAUUAAUUUAGUGUUAUUUGUAUUAUUAAGGAUGGCGUCAGCUACUUUAAUCCAGCCUUCUGGUGAAUUGUGGAAGAAGAUAAGAGUUGAACUGAAUGAGGAUGUGAACACGCGUGACCAGGACCUCGCAACAAUUAAAGAGUGGCUUCGGAAGCAACCACAUCUACCUGAUGAAUGGGAUGAUGACAGGAUGAUGACAUUCUUACGCGGCUGCAGCUUCUCUCUGGAGAAAUGUAAACGCAAGUUAGACAUGUACUUCACCAUGCGAACCGCCUGCCCAGAGUUCUUCACCGACAGAGACAUCACCAGACCGGAACUAAAUAGUUUGAUGAACAGACUACAUGCUACUCCACUACCAGGCUUGACACCGAAUGGACGUCGUGUCAGCGUUGCUAGAGGUGUGGACAAGAACUUAGACACAAGUGAGUUAUGUAAUUUGUUCAAAAUCGGCUUGAUGAUUGGCGACGUAAGACUGCGAGAGGAAGAACAAGGAGUAGGCGGGGACGUGUACGUAUUAGACGCCGCUGUGUUGACUCCCAAGCAUCUCGCCAAACUAUCCCCUGCGCUGGUUAAGAAGUUCCUCAUAUGUGUACAGGAGGCAUAUCCAGUCAAAUUAAAAGAGGUGCAUGUGGUGAACGCAUCGCCAAUCGUCGACAAAAUUGUCACUAUCAUCAAACCAUUCCUCAAAGAGAAAAUUAAAAACAGGAUAUUCAUUCACUCGGAUUUAAACACACUUUACGAGUAUGUACCGAAAGAUUUACUCCCUACUGAAUAUGGAGGAUAUUGCGGAUCGCUUAAAGAAAUUAAUGAUGCAUGGAUGAAGAAAUUAGAAGAUUACACAGAAUGGUUCAAGCAGCAAGAAUCUAUCAAAGCCAAUGAAUCUCUCAGACCCGGCAAGCCUACAAAUUACGAUGAGUUAUUCGGAAUUGAUGGUUCCUUCCGUCAACUCUCUAUUGAUUAAGACACUGUCUAUAAAUAAGUUACUUUAUAAUUAAGUCAUAGUACAUUUAAAGACAACUUUAUUUUAGACUACAGGUUAUUUUUACAUCUACACAAACAAGCUCAAUUUGGUUAGUGGCACUAACUUUAAGUACGUCGUUUUCUUAAUAAACCUUUACUCAUAAUACUGAUGAUUACUUUAAAUAUGUAUGUAAUUUUAAUGUAACAUAAUUUUGUAACAGAUAAAAAAAUGUAUUGUUGUUAACUGAAUAUUGGUUGUAUUGAAGACAUUAAGCGCCUGUGAAUAAUAAAAAAGCAAAUUUUUAAACAAUUCUAAUAUAAUUCUUGCUAUUUAUUUUCAUCAGGCGGAACUACAACUAUCUUUACAAUAACUAUAGAUUACUUCAGAAUUAGUUUUGUCAAAAUUAAGAUUAAAAUAAAAAUUAUUCACUUAAA